AAUAAUUAAAACUUUUAAUAUUAAUAUUACAACAUGAGAGGAGUUGCGGUUACACUACUGGCCCUGUGUUUGGCCGGCGCUAACGGCGCGUCGCUGGAGCCUAGGCUAGAGUUGGUUGGCCUGAGGGCUGGCGGCCGUAUUGUCGGCGGUGUGGAGGCCACCCAAGAGCAGGGCAAACACCAGUGCUCGUUGUGGGCGUCGGGUUGGUUUGGCACCCAGCACAUUUGCGGCUGCUCCCUAUACGGUGACAGCUUUGCCAUCACUGCCGCUCACUGUACCGAUGGAUUUGCAAAGGAGGAUUUGACCGUGAAAUACGGCGGUCUAAAUGUGAACUCAUUGGACAAAGCGGUGGCCGUCGCCGAAGUGAGACAACACGAGAAGUACAACACUCCCCAAUUCGACAACGACUACUCGGUGCUCAAACUGUCCCAACCCACGGUCAAAGUGCCCGGACGUGUGGACACUGUUCAACUGGCCGACAGCGAACCGGCCAACGGCGCCCCCUGUCAGCUGACCGGCUGGGGUAACACCCGGGGCGGCGACUCCGGCUCAUCGCCAGCCCUCCUGCAGUACCAACAGUUUGAGAUCGUCUCGUCGGCCGAGUGCGCCAAAAUAUACGGCACACAGAUCCAGGUCACUGCCCAAAUGAUUUGCAGCAAGCACAAAUCGUCUACUGGUUGCAAUGGUGAUUCUGGCGGACCGUUGAUGUCUGGUGGCAAAUUGGUUGGUAUUGUGUCCUGGGGUAUCCGCAACUGCCCGGCCGACACCACUGUAUACCCGGCCGCGUACGCCAACGUGGGCGUCGCUGCUGGUCGAUCGUGGUUGAUUAGCAAAUUGGCU